AUGCUGACCUCACCCCAAAUCGUUUUUUUGUUCAUGGCCUUCAGUCAGUUCAUUCUGGGGAUUUGGGGGAAUGGCUUUCUUGGGCUCAUCAAUUGCAUCCACUGGAUCAAGAGGAGCAAGAUUUCCUUAUCUGAUUUCAUCAUUAUGAAUCUAGCCUUCUCCAGGAUCUUUCUGCAAUGUGUGGUCGUUUUUGAUGUCAUUAACUUUGUGGUCUUUCGGGAUUUCUAUUAUGGAGUGACAUUAAGUCAAAUUCGUGAAACUAGCUGGACUCUUAGUAACUUUUUAAGCAUCUGGCUGUCUACUUGUCUCAGUGUCUUCUACUGCCUGAAGAUUGCCAUUUUCUCCCAUCAUGCCUUCCUCUGGCUUAAGAGGAGGAUUUCCCAGGUAAUUGCCGGCAUUCUGCUGGGCUGUGGGCUCUUCUUUUUCUUCAAUACAGUGUUGCUGAUCAGAAAACUCAAUAUAUAUUCUAGCGUUGUAAAAAUGAAACUCAUUGCAAACUAUACUGAAAAUAUCAGAAGAAAGGAAAGAGAAUUUUAUACAUUCCACUUUCUUGGUUUCCUGUCAGUACUGAUACCAUUCAUUAUAUCCCUGUUCUCCUGUCUCUUACUCAUCCUCUCCCUGAGGAGGCAUACCAGGAUGAUGCAGCACCAUGUCACUGCUCCCAGAGAUGUGAGCACUAAGGCCCAUGUGAGAGCCACCAUUGUAAUGUUUUCCUUCCUCUUACUCUUUGUCUUUCAUUUUGUAAUUCUCUUCAUUAGGACAAGCAUUUUCCUGAGAUAUACCUAUGUGAUAAUGGUUAUAGAGUUGGCUACCCCCAUCUAUCCCUCUGUGCACACAUUUAUCCUCAUUCUGCAAAACAAAAACCUGAAGCAGGCAUUCCUGAGGCUGCUGUGGUUGAAGAAGGGCUGCAUAGAAAGGAGGGUAGGGGAUCUUUUACCCACUAGUGCAAGGGAGGGGGGCAGGGCAGUGUAG